CAGUACUGACUGCUCAUUCAUCAAUCUUUUAUAUUUCUAUGGCAUUGGCAAGAGCAAGAGAGCAGGACCUACUCUCCACUGAAAUAGUUAACCGGGGCAUCGAGGCCGGUUCUUUGAACUUCUCGGUCAGGGUCCGUCGCCGGUUGCCGGACUUUCUUAAUUCAGUUAACCUGAAAUAUGUAAAGCUUGGAUAUGCUUACCUCCUUAGCCAUAGCUUUUAUUUCCUAAGUGCACCUAUUCUCAUAUUAAUAUUUAGUGUCGCCCUUGGAAAAGUCACUUGGGAAGAUUUCUGCCCCAAGUGUGACCCUAUUGAUGCACUUUUCUUGCUCGGAGUGCUUGCUUUGAUUAUAUAUAUUUAUCUUGAUUUAACUCCAACUUCUACUUUUUUAGUUGAUUUUGCCUGUUUUCGCCCGCCGGAUCACCUCAAGAUCUCCAAGGAGGAAUUCAUUCAGUUGGCAAGGAAAUCGGGCAAAUUCGACCAAACUGCAAUCGAGUUCCAGCAGCGAGCACUCAAGAAUUCUGGGAUUGGAGAUGAGACUUACAUGCCCAGAUCAGUUUUCCAGCCUGGUUUCAAAACAAACCUCAAGGACGGUCGAGAAGAGGCAGCAAUGGUGAUAUUUGGAGCAGUUGAUGACCUUCUUGCCACCACUAAAGUUAGGACUAAAGACAUUAGAAUUCUUGUUGUCAACUGUGGGAUCCUAAAUACUACACCAUCACUGUCAGCAAUGGUCAUAAAUCAUUAUAAGCUUAGACAUAAUAUAAAUAGCUUCAAUCUUGGUGGGAUGGGAUGUGCUGCUGGUAUUGUAGCUAUUGAUUUAGCUAGAGAUCUUUUGAAUGCAUAUCCCGGAUCAUAUGCACUCGUGGUAAGCACAGAAGUGGUGAGCUAUACAUGGUAUAGUGGCAUUGAUCAGGACAUGCUUCUACCGAAUUUCUUUUUCAGAAUGGGGGCUGCAGCUAUGCUCCUGUCUAGUCGUCGCCUUGAUCGAUGGCGAUCCAAGUACGAAUUAAAACAGCUAGUUCGAACCCACAAGGGGAUGGAUAACAGAAGCUUUAAAAGCAUACAUCUAAAGGAAGAUAAAGAAGGAAGGCAAGGUCUUUCAGUUAGCAAAGAGGUUAUUGAGGUAGCAGGUCAUGCCCUCAAGGCCAACAUCACCACCUUAGGCCCUCUAGUUCUUCCUGUAUCAGAACAAGUCCAAUUCUUCACCAAUUUGCUCUUCAAGAAAAAGACCAAGCCUUACAUUCCUGAUUAUAAGCUUGCUUUUGAGCAUGUUUGCAUAUAUGCAGCUAGCAAAAAAGGUCUGGAUGAAUUGCAGAAGAACUUGGAGCUCACUGACGAGUACAUGGAUGCUUCAAGAAAAACUCUCCAGCGAUUCGGGAACACAUCGAGUAGUAGUAUAUGGUAUGAACUGGCUUACUUGGAGGCAAAUGGAAAGAUCAAGAGAGGGGAUAGAAUUUGGCAGAUUGCUUUUGGUUCUGGCUUCAAGUGCAACAGUGUUGUUUGGAAAGCUCUUAAGACUGUGGGGAAACCUAAGCGAAGCCCGUGGAUUUAGGAUUCUACCUAGAAACAGAAAUACAGGUAGACAGUAGGAUAAAAGAUAUGCAUUGGAUUAGGUAUACACGUAGUACAUAUAUGUCAAGAACUGUGUUUAAUCUAUAUUUAUAUAUAUAUUUAUAUAUAUAUAUAUAUAUAUACAAAGAGAGGGAGAUAUUGUGGAAAGCUAAUCCUCCAUCAACCUUUGUUUCUCUUCAUUUUAUUGUUUUUUACUUUUUACUUCAAUGAAUAUAAAUUGUAAGCUCAAAACUUAUCAAAUGAUAAUGUUUCACGGGUGACCAA